UCGAGUGUGAACUGGCAAAACAGAUGGACUUUAAAGACGUUAUAAAGGACUUCUCAUCCGGUUAGACCAGGAAGAUGGAUGUAUAAGAGGCAACGAUGAAGCCGCGAGGGAGCAGACCUGCAGCGAUGGCCCAAGUGAAAGUAGCAAGAGAUGCCACCAAGAACCCCCAAGAGUGUGCAGAGGUAUACCCCGAUAUAGUCACCGUCAGCUCCAGCGUGGAUAUUGGAGAGUCGGUCGGGAAAGGGCCGCCGUACGGGACCUCCGUGGCUGGUGCCUUGGGCAGGCGUGGCAGAACCUACCCCUCCCCGGCCCGGCGACGGCACCGCACCACCUUCAGCCACAAGCAGCUGGAACAGCUGGAAGUGGCCUUUGGGCAAAACCACUACCCAGACAUCUACUACCGCGAGGAGCUGGCACGUCUCACCAAGCUCAACGAGGCUCGCAUACAGGUGUGGUUUCAAAACAGAAGAGCCAAGCAACGCAAGCAGGAGCGGGCGUCCCAGAAAGUGCUGCAGGUGGGUAUGAUGCCAGGGCACGGGGCGCUGUUGGGCGGCAUGUGCGUCCCAUCAGCAGGUAUGAGUCGUCAGUACUACCCGCAGUCCUUGGCACACAUUCCCCGUUUCUCCCCCGUGCUGCCCACCGGUGGGUACGCCCACCUCCCAGGCUCGGUCAGCCAGUGCCCCUGCCCCGCAGUCCAGCCACAGCCACAGACCCAGCGCCAGCACGAGGAGUGGUACAGCCCUCUGAGGAACAUCGGAGCUCCUUCCUCCAAUCUGUCCUCCUCUGUUUUCCCCUUAGCCUCCAUGUCUGCCUUAGACCCCUCCUCUCACUGGAGCUAA